AUGAACUCAAGAAACACACACCUUACAGAAUAUACAAUCAAAGAAAUCAUCUCUGAGAAAUUCACUUCUUGGAAAUAGAUCAACCCUUCACAAAUCAGCAUCUCUAGAUUGACAGGGUUGACAAAUAUCACCUACAAAGCCCAGGCUAUGAUUGACACUACACCUUAAACAAUAUUGUUUAGAGAAUUUGGUAAUGCGGAAGGCUUCGUGGAUUCACAAUAAGAAAGAAUAAUUUUUAAAUCAAUAUCUGAUAUGGAUCUUGGACCUUAGUAAUUGGAAUGUGGUGACAGGUGGAGAAUGGAAGAAUAUGUUAAGGAUGGAGUACAUCCAAACAAUUAAAAGAUGGCUGAUGCUAAUUUUUAAUUUAAGUCUAUGGCAGUUUUAUAGAAAUUCCAUUAGAUGGAGAUUCCGAUAUCAAAUGAUGGUUCAUCAUUGAUUUUAAAGAAGACAAUCUCUGAGGAAAUGAAAGAAAAUGUUAUUAAGAAGAUUGAAAAACGACAUUUGUAUACAGAUGUAGAACUUAAAUAGUUGGAAUGCUUGGAAAGAUUUAUAACUAAUGAAGAAGAGUUUAAUUAUUUAAACGAAAUGACACAGAAAGAGAAUCACGAAGAGUUAAAGUUCUGCCAUAAUGAUCUGAAUCAAUUAAACAUUUUUAACACAUCUAACAAGGAUAAGGAAAUCAUCUUCAUAGAUUAUGAAUAUUGUUCAUAUAAUUAUCCCUCUUAUGAUAUUGCCAAUUUCCUAAAUGAAUCUGCAAUCAAUUACUAACAUGAAGAAGCCCCUUACUAUGUUCUUGAGGAGGACAAUUUCAAUAGUGCUCCCAUUUAGGCACAUUUCCUUGCAUUAAGUUAUAUACUCAAUAAGGAAUGCACUUAAAUGGAAAUAGAUUAGAUCUAUAAGUUGAUCAAUGAAUAAACCAAUAAAAAUAAGGAUGAAUUAAAAACCUUUAUUGGAUUAGUUAAAUAAAUUCUUGAAUAAAGAUUAAGCGAAUAGGAAAUUGUGGAUUUAUUCAAAGCAAUCUCUUAUUUGAAAAGGAGAAUAAGAAGAUUUUAAAUAAUAUCCAAUUUGAAUUGGGUCUGGUGGAGCAUUCUUUUGGCUUAUGAAAAGAAUUCUCUUAGUUUUGAAUAUAUCGAUUAUGGUUUUUUGAGAUUCAAAAUGCUUGAGAAACUCUUGGAAUUAGAAAAAGCAAGAAAAAGUACUAAUUGA